AUGGGCAUGUUAAGGCUAGGCAGAGGCACGAGGGUAGAAAAAGGCCCUAUAAGAUUGGCCGACGUACAAAAGAAAAAGGGGAUCGGAAGAAAUGGAGGCCGUAAGAGUGGGAGGAUAAAGCUGGGUUCACAGGGACUGGAGGUGUUGGCACAGGGCCUGGGUUGCAGGUUGCAUGGGCAUGUCCGGCGUCUAUGGCCCUCCCAAGACAUGAUCACUCUUAUCUACCACUCCGACGUCACCUUCCUUGACACUUCCGACAGCUACAACCCUUUUUCCAACGAAAUCCUUCACAGAAAAGCUUUGGAGGGAGGGGUGAAAGAGAGGGUGCAAUUGUCAACCAAGUUCAGAUUUAGCUUAGCGAGUGGGAAGAGGGAGAUCCGUGGCGAUCCAGCGUAUGUGAGAGCAGCCGAUGAGGCCAGCUUGAAACGCCUCCAGUUGGAUUGCAUUGAUCUCUACUACCAGCACCGCGUCAACACCCACCUUCCCAUCGAAGUCACGGUUCGUGUUAAUGAAAUGGCAACGAGGAAGGGAUCCACCCCAUCGCAGCUAGUGUUGGCCUGGGUUCAUCACCAAGGGAAUGACGAGUGUACCAUUCCAGGAACCACCAAGGUUGAAAACUUCGACCAGAACAUUGGAGCUCUGUCUGUCAAACUCACACCAGAAGAAAUGGCUGAACUUGAAUCAUUUGCUUCCCAAUAUGUUGUUAAGGGUGAUAGAAGUAGGAAUGACAUUCCAACUUGGAAGAUUUCUGAAACUCCUUCACUCUCUUCAUGGAAAGCUGCAUGA